UUCUUAUUUUAUUUUACUUUACUUUUUUUUUAUUUUUAUUUUUUUUUUUGUCGCGUAUACACAUAAAAUGGCAGAACCAGUGGAACUAGCUUCUGAUUCACAACCAUUGUCUAUGAAUGUCUUGAGCAUCAUCAAUGAUUCUCGAAUGACAUAUGGUUUAAGACAUCAAGACUUUCAGCGUUAUCGGGAAUAUUGUGCCAAUCGAGUUCGUCGUCUUCGACAAAUUCUUAAACUAAGUCAACCUAAUAAUAAAAAAGUAAAUGUUUCUAAACCUCUUCCAGAGAUUAUCAAUGAUGUACGCUAUCUACAUUUGUUUGUCUUUGAUGUUGAAAGAGCAUGGUCUUAUGCUAUGGAACUAAAGCAAGAGUCAAGUAAUAGUAUGGAAACACGUCAUCAUUAUCAUAUGAUCAAACGACUUAAAAGAGCUAAUCAAUAUGCUGAAACCCUAUAUCAGUUAUGUACAAAACAAAAUGUCGAGAAAAAAACUGUAUUAGAUGUUAAAGCAUAUGCUUCGUUAAUGAAGGGCUAUCUUUAUUUUGAACAACAAAAUUGGAAAGAUGCCUUGUCCCAAUUUAUUGAAACAAGAAUAAUUUAUGACAGCUUUGCAAAAUUAGAUAGCACAACAGAACAAGAAGCACUUUGUUAUGCUACAAUUGAUCAAAUAGAUCCUAAUAUUCGUUUUUGCGGUUAUCGUCUUCAUUUACCUGAAGGACAAGAUGUUGAACGUAUUGUUACUAACUAUGCUGAACAAAUGGUCGAAUUGAAAGAACAACUUGAUCUUUUAACUCAGUCAUCUACCAAGAAGGAAUUGAAACAGUUUAAAUGGCGUAAUAAGGACUUUACUAUUAAACAUCAAGAUUUAGUGAAUGCUAUUACAAGAGCACAACAAGUAGAAAAAGAUGAAGCAAAAUUAGUACAAGCUUGGAGAGAAGCUGAAAAAGUAGCUAAAAGGGCAAUCAAGGAAAAUAAGAUAUCUACAGCUAAGGUGACCUCAUCUAAAUCUGCUAAAACAACAGAAGAUUUACAACGUGCUUUUGCCUUUAUUGAAUAUCACUUAUUUGGUUAUCUGAUUCAACGUAAUAUACGACUUAUUCAUGAACAACAAAACAAUCAACACAUUAUCAAGUUAUAUGAUGAUAUUUUAAAGGAUAUUGAAUAUAUUUGGGAUUUACCUAAUUUGAAGCAAGAGGAUAUAUCGCUUGACAAUGAAUUAAAUAUUUUAUCACUUUAUUAUAAAGGCCGUCGAUGUGUUCAAGUAGCAAUUACUUAUGCAGACAUGAACAAGGUAGUAGAAUCACUUGCACUUUAUCAAAAGGCUCAGACUUAUCUUGUUCAAGCUAAACAACUCAAAUUGAAACAACAAGCAGUUGAGAAUGUUCAUGAUGAUGAUAGUACUUUAUAUUUACAAGUGACAGAUGCUGAUAUUUCAAAUUUGGAACAAUCGAUUCAAUCAGGAACAUGGAAGUCACGCGCAACAUAUUAUCUUGAACAUGAUACAGAUGAGCAUCAGCUUGUACAAGAAAUGGAACAAUUGAUGGAUGAUGACUAUCUAAUGGAUGGAUUAGAUUCUUAUCCUAAGCAUAUUCAACGUCAUCAUCUGGUUGAAUUUCCACCUCAAUUCAAGCCUGUUGCCUGUAAGCCGUUUUAUUUCGAUUUAGCAGCUAAUUUUGUUCAAUAUCCAGAACAAGCUCUGAAGGAGCGUAUUGCGACAAAGAGCAGUGGAGGAGGAUUUUGGGGACUCUUUGGUGGUGGUAGAAAAUAAAUAAAUAAUAACUGUGUUUUAAUUCUUAAUAGUGAUUUAGUCUGUCCGGC